UGAUAUCAAAUUUUUGGACAAAACAUAAGUGUUGAAAUUAUACUUAGUGAGAAUUUAAGAUAGUAUUUCAAUGAUAUUACGAGAGGGGAAGUGUAUUGAAUUUCAAUUACUUAAAGUUAAGGAAUAUUUUGAAGGUUGCUAAGAUAAUGGAUAUAUCUAUGGGGUUGAGUGUGUUGGGGAUCCUUACACCAUACCAAACGAACCUCCUUUCCUUCUUCCAAAUCCGAAGAUGCAAUAUGCAGAUCUUCCGAUAUUGAUUGCAAUUAGCGAUUCGUUUAUCUACGGUUUGCUUUUUGCUAUUCCAAUUUUGUUAAUGAAGAAGAAGAAGUAAAUCUGAACAGAAUGGGAGAACGCAAGUCUUCAUCUAAGGAAAAAUCUUCCAGAAAGAAGAGGCUCAAAGUUUCCUCUAAGGAUCUUGAAGGCAAAACCUUCAAUUGCAAAUUCUGCAAAACCAAACUUGCCCGUGCUGAUCAACUUAUUACCAAGGCUCUACAUUGCAGAAGUGGAAGAGCAUACCUGAUCAAUAAAGUUUCCGAUUUUGUUAACGAAGAAGAAGAAGUAAAUCUGAACACAAUGGGGGAACACAAGUCUUCAUCUAAGAAAAACUCUUCCAGAAUGAAGAGGCUCAAUGUUUCCUCUAAGGAUCUUGAAGGCAAAACCUUCAAUUGCAAAUUCUGCAAAACCAAACUUGCCCGUGCUGAUCAACUUAUUACCAAGAAGGGUUUCGAUUUGGGGAGAUUGAGGCUGUGUGAAGUGAAAAAUGGGGAGAUUAUUUUUGGUGCAUCCUUAUGGCAAAACUUACAAGUGCAAAUUCUGCGAUGCCAAACUUGGUCACGUUGGUUCACUUGUUUCAAAGUUUUUCAGGAUCUUGAAGGCAAAACCUUCAAUUGCAAAUUCUGCAAAACCAAACUUGCCCGUGCUGAUCAACUUAUUACCAAGGCUUUACAUUGCAGCAGUGGAAGAGCAUACCGGUUCAAUAAAGUGGUAAAUAUAACUUUUGGAGAGAAUGAGGAGAGGACGUUGCUUUCUGGAACGUACACUGUGAAGGAUAUAUUUUGUCGUAUCUGUGGGCAGAUUCUUGGCUGGAAAUAUGAGAAAUCCCAUGAGGAAAGCCAGAAGUACAAUGAAGGGAAAUUUGUCCUUGAAAGAGUCAAGAUCAUUGAUGACGAUGACGAUGAAUUCUACAUUGAUUACUCGUUCAAGCUCAAGUGAUGAUGAAGAUGAAGAUACAGUGUAAAUUGUGGGAGCUUAGUGCACCAAUUUGCAGAUACUUGUAUCUUAUAAACUUAGCAAAAGAAUAGUUGUAUCUUAUCUGGAGAUCUCAGUUGUAUCUUAUCUGUAGAUCUCCCCAAGUUUGUGGAUGUUAAAACUAAGUUGCUGCAGAAGUGUUCUCUAAUCAAUAUGAGCUUGACUUGUGUUAAAUGUUUUAUUGGCCUUGCA